CGGAAAUGUGACUCAGAAAUAAGAUGGAGAAGUACGAGCGGAUCCGAGUGGUGGGGAGAGGUGCCUUCGGGAACAUCCAGUGACCAGGUCUGCCCUGCCUGAUGUGUGGCUGGAAGCUCAGCUGGGACCCACCCCUGUGCUCUGUGUCCCCAGGAUUGUGCACCUGUGCCUGCGCAAGGCUGACCAGAAGCUGGUGAUCAUCAAGCAGAUCCCAGUGGAGCAGAUGACCAAAGAAGAGCGGCAGGCAGCCCAAAAUGAGUGCCAGGUCCUCAAGCUCCUCAACCACCCCAAUGUCAUUGAGUAUUAUGAGAACUUCCUGGAGGACAAGGCCCUCAUGAUUGCCAUGGAAUAUGCACCAGGUGGCACCCUGGCUGAGUUCAUCCAAAAGCGCUGUAAUUCCCUGCUGGAGGAGGAGACCAUCCUACACUUCUUUGUGCAGAUCCUGCUCGCGCUGCAUCACGUGCAUACCCAUCUCAUCCUGCACCGGGACCUCAAGACUCAAAACAUCCUUCUUGACAAACACCGCAUGGUUGUCAAGAUUGGUGACUUCGGCAUCUCCAAGAUCCUUAGUAGCAAGAGCAAGGCCUACACGGUGGUGGGCACCCCAUGCUACAUCUCCCCUGAACUGUGUGAGGGCAAGCCUUACAACCAGAAGAGUGACAUCUGGGCCCUGGGCUGUGUCCUCUAUGAGCUGGCCAGUCUCAAGAGGGCCUUUGAAGCCGCGAACCUGCCAGCGCUGGUGCUGAAGAUCAUGAGUGGCACCUUUGCACCCAUCUCUGACCGGUACAGCCCUGAGCUGCGCCAGCUCGUGCUCAGUCUGCUCAGCCUGGAGCCCUCUCGGCGGCCGCCGCUCAGCCACAUCAUGGCUCAGCCCCUCUGCAUCCGCGCCCUCCUCAACCUUCACACCGACCUGGGCAGUGUCCGCAUGAGGAGGGCAGAGAAGUCCCUGGUCCCCGGGCCACCCAUGGCCUCUGGUGGCAGCACAGGGAGCAGGAGCACCGGCGCCCGCUGCAGGGGCAUACCCCGGGGACACCCACGGCCGGCCAUUCCGCCACCGCUGUCGUCCGUGUACGCGUGGGGCGGCGGGCUCAGCGCCCCGCUGCGGCUGCCGAUGCUCAACACAGAAGUGGUCCAGGUGGCAGCCGGACGCACGCAGAAGGCGGGCGUCACGCGCUCGGGGCGCCUCAUCCUGUGGGAGGCCCCGCCCCUAGGCGCCGGAGGGGGCGCCCUCCUGCCGGGGGCCGUGGAGCAGCAGCUGCCCCAGUUCGUCUCCCGCUUCUUGGAGGGCCAGUCGGGCGUGACUAUCAAGCAUGUGGCCUGCGGGGACCUCUUCACAGCCUGCCUGACCGACCGAGGUAUCAUCAUGACCUUUGGCAGUGGCAGCAAUGGGUGCCUAGGCCAUGGCAGCCUCAAUGACCUCAGCCAGCCCACCAUUGUGGAGGCCCUGCUGGGCUACGAGAUGGUGCAGGUGGCCUGUGGGGCGUCCCACGUGCUGGCCCUGUCCACUGAGCGAGAACUCUUUGCGUGGGGCCGUGGCGACGGUGGCCGGCUGGGACUGGGCACCAGGGAGUCCCACAGCUGCCCCCAGCAGGUGUCCAUGCCCCCAGGACAGGAAGCCCAGCGGGUGGUAUGUGGCAUUGACUCCUCCAUGAUCCUCACUGUCCCUGGUCGAGCCCUGGCCUGUGGGAGUAACAGGUUCAACAAGCUGGGCCUGGACCACCUCUCCCUGGGGGAGGAACCUGCCCCCCACCAGCAGGUGGAGGAGGCCCUGAGCUUCACACCACUAGGUUCUGCACCCCUCGACCAGGAGCCCCUGCUCAGUGUGGACCUGGGCACUGCUCAUUCAGCUGCAGUGACUGCCUCUGGUGACUGCUAUACUUUCGGCAGCAAUCAGCAUGGGCAGUUGGGCACCAGUGCCCGCCGGGUCAGCAGGGCACCCUGUCAAGUCCAAGGCCUGCAGAAUAUCAAGAUAGCGAUGGUGGCAUGUGGGGAUGCCUUCACUGUAGCCAUUGGGGCAGAGGGUGAAGUGUACUCUUGGGGCAAAGGGGCCCGAGGUCGACUAGGAAGAAGGGAUGAGGAUGCUGGACUCCCUCGGCCAGUGCAGCUGGAUGAGACACACCCCUACACAGUGACUUCUGUGUCGUGUUGCCAUGGAAACACUCUCCUGGCAGUCCGCCCGGUUACGGAUGAGCCGAUUCCACCGUGAGGCACCUAGAUACACCCCUGGACCACCCUGAUAUUGCUGCUCCUCGGAACGUGCUUGAAAACAGCUGCCUGCAGCAAGACUGUCCCCACCAGCCCCCUGGAGGGGUCUCAGUGUGGCAGAAGAACCAGGGAAGCAGCCACUCUCCUUUGGCCCUGGACCCAUAAACCUCAGCCCACCCCGUUCCCCCAACAUCUCUCUUUUCUCUCCCCACCCCUCUUAAGUUGGUGUCCCCAGGGUCCAGACUGGCUAGAGUCGGAAAGCCGACCCAACCUUCCAAAGCAGGGUGGCCUCCAGAGUCUUGGCAGAAAAAAGCUGGAGGCAGCUGCGGCUCCACCCAGACCCUGCCCUUUCCCCCAGCCCAGUUAGAAAAUAAGCCGCUGGUGCCCCCUGGGAGAGCAGCUCAGAGCUCCGGAGCAGGGCAAGCCCCGUCCUGCCUGGACUGGCCAUUCUGGCAGCCUGGUUUCUGCAUUGCCUGGGACAGGGAGCCUUCCCGCCCACCCCCACUCCGAGAUCCUGAGGCAUAGAUUUGCUGCAUAACUUCUGAGCGGACUGGGAGUGCAUCUGCAAGGGCACCAAAGUGUCUACUGCAGAGGGGGAUCCCUGCUGAAGGUUGUCCCUCACCCCAGCCAUUCCCCCAAAGCAGGUUGGGAGAAAGGGUAGCUGGCUGGGCCAGACUAGUUUUCCAGAUGACUGGGAAAUCGCGCCAAUAAAAACAUCA